GGUACAGUUUUCAGUCUAUGCACUCAUGUCACCGGCUGACGUCACUGAAUGAGAGCGGUGACAGUUCCUCAGUUUAACCAAACUAAUAAAUGACUGGGACAGAAGAUAAACUCCAGCAAAGAUCAGCGAUGUCGAAGACAGAGAGUAAAGACAUGACAGAGGCGAUGGAGGAAACGAUGCAGAGACUUAAGGGAAGGUUCCAGGGCAUCUCCGAACAGCUGGAGUCCAGACUAAAUCAAAUGGGAACCCGCAUCAAUGACCUUGAGAAAAACGUCUCCGACCUGAUGACACAGGCUGGUAUGGAGGAGCAGGCAGUUUCAAAGUGACGGCAGGCCCACAGUUCAUCUGACACACAGCUCUUUAAAUGAAACCUUCAACAACUGUGGGUUCACUGUGGCUCUGCUGGCAGUGACUUCACUUUGCCUCUGAAGUUUCACUUUCAUCAAACAUCCUGAGGUCUUUGAGUUGGCAUUAGUUUACCUCUACAGAUGAUAUCACUUUAAGGGUUUGGCCUAAUGUCAGUGUUUUCCAAGGUGCUACAAUACUCCUAACAAAUGUGUAUCUCUCAGUAGCAACACUAAUCACAGGCUAAAGAGCCUCCUAUCACCAUGUUGGCAGAGCAUUUAUUUUGUAGUAACACUCGUAAUUGUUUUUCAAAGCAUGUACAAUCCAAUCGUCAGGCAUUACCUCCUGUGGUGUGGCCAAAAGAAGGAAGAGCCAAGAAAUAGCAUGGGUGAGAAUAGAGUUUAAUUCACGAUUUAUUGUUUACAGUCUAUUUUCUUACUAAAAAAUCUUCCUCAUAUCCUCAAAGUCUAACUAACAGAUUUCAAUGCAUUUACUACCUCAUAUAUAAUAUUUUCAAAAUGUUUUAAUAUCUUUAAUGCAGCAUUGUUUACACAUUGUGGUCUUCCUCUCCCUGUUAGUGCCACCAACCUGUAUGUGCAUGUACGCACAUUAUGGGCAUGUGUUGUUACAGCAAGAAAUAUAGUGCAGGACAUUGUAGCUCAACAGUGCCUCUAUUGGUCAAACACUCAACAAGCUUAAACACCUGGAAGAAGGAUCCUCACUUACAGAAAACACUACAGAAGAUGUAUUCAGUGUAUUACAAGCAGUAGAUUAACUGUUACCAGUUGAACUACUUACUUCAGUUGUUCCUCAACAUUACUCUGAAACCAAUGUUAGUCUGUGCGCUGCUUUGGUCACAGUAGUAAUGUAGUAAUCACAGUCUGAAACACUUUUUGUAACUAUGCACACUGUUCAUCUAAAACUAUGAAUGAUGGGGGGAAAAAAGUCAAGUUUUGGGAAAUAUCUCAAAGCUAAGAUCCAAUAUUUUCACGGAAUAGACCAUUAUCUCUCUUCUUGAGAAAGAACUGCACAGUUCAGACCACCACAGGUCCUGUUUAAAACAGCUGCUGAUUGGUUAAUCAAUGAUUAGUCCUUUUUUAUUUCCACAUAACCACUUAAACAUUGCAAUACAAAGUGACCAGUCGCCGUAAAAACUCCAUAUGUUGUUUUUUGGAUGGCACUGCUACAGACUGAUGUAUUGUUUAAUUGAGGCCUGUAGUUUAUCUUGAUUUCUGAGAGAUCACACUCUUGAUCACAUCUAUGCAGUUUAUUCCUGAGUACAACACACAGAACUAGGUAACAUACAACUUGUGCUAUAUUUCACAUCUUCCUUUUUCCUCUGACAUGUUUAAUGCACAUUAUGUUGCACUCAGAUUAACCAUCAGAUAAACCGAAGUAUAUUCUGUGUUUUUCACUGUGCACCAAAGUUAAUCAAAUGGCCAAAUAAAGACUUUUGUGAACA